GUUUUGCUCCUCACCCCCCCUUCCAUUGGCUGUCUAAAAAUACAUAUGCAUGUAACCGUACCUAUAGCUCUGUGUGCGUGUUGUGUGGCUAAUGGCAACGGAGAGGGUCCCCCCCCUUUUAGCGUGGCUUGCUUGUGUUUUGUUUUUUUACUUGGGGUUUUGGACCGAAGAAGUACCGAAGCGAGGGGCAAGAGAGUAAGAGCAGCGUGUGUACCUCUUGACAAGUGGCUCGGCGUCGUCGAGCGGGCAGGGAGCCUGGCAUGUGCAGAACACAGCAGUUCUAGAGUAGUAAUUUCCAGGGAGAGGGAGACGAGUCCGCUGCUGUAUGUGCUGUGCAAGAUAUACAGUGAAGCAGUACAGUCUGGUGUUAGAUAAAAUUGCUGCUGUCCAUGCGGGUUCAGAUUUUGGGUUAAACGCAUCUAACACAACAAUUCUGAUGACUGGCAGGAAAGUCGUGCAUGUGGGGAAAACAAAACCUCUUAUAGGAGACAGCUUGUCUCGCUUUUCUGACUAGCAGAGUAUGAGAAUAAUAUUACCAUGGCAGGGGAAUCAGGGCUGAGGGUAUUUGUUGGAGAGCAAUGUGUUAAAUUGGUUGCAUGAAACACUCUUGAUUCUAACACAGAAGUACUCUUUAGAAAAUGGACAACGCGGCAACAUGUACGUUGCAACAUAAAUAGAAUGGGGAAAACUUCUAUCACAGAAGUACGCUAGGCUUCCGCUGCAAUCUUGUAUGCCCUUGGAAUUAACGUGGCUUACUUUUGAGUAGACACCGAUAGGGUUGCGGUGGAAACCUCUGUUUACAUUUUUAGCAUACGUGAUGGCAGUGUGGAAGCCAAAUACAAACAUUGGCAGAAGUUAUUUUCUCUCUAUCUGAGAAAAUGAAGAGAGUGUACACAUGACUAGGCAUGGGAACUUGAGAAACCACAGGAUAUCCUUCGUUUGUCCCCAUCAACACUAUGAUGAGCAAAGCUUUCAUUGCAUUCUGUGCUUGGCGAUGGGUGGGUCAACAGCUGCUCCUAGCAGAGGAAAGGUUUGACAGCUGGCUUUCUUCCAGUUUAAAACUCCCUCCCAACUACCUCUCCUACUACUCUGGGAACUACUCAGAUGACACCAUAAGUUGGCGGCCAGUGGAUCUCUCCAGAUUAACCACAAAAUACCAGCAUGACCAAGCAGACAAGAGGAUUUGCACUUUUCUUACCCACACGAAAAGCUGCAGCAUCGAGCGAGUCUUGUGGAAAACAGAGAGAUUCCAGAAAUGGCUAAAAACAAAACGCCUCACCCCUAACCUGGUCCAGGGUCUGAGUACACCGAUGCUUCGCUGCCCUUCACAACGGCUGCUGGACCGAAUAGUGCGGCGAUAUGCUGAAGUGGCAGAUGCUGGUAGUGUCUACAUGGACCAUUUCACCGACCGGGAUAAAUUGCGCCUCCUCUACACACUCUCAGUUAAUGCGCAUCCCAUCAUGUUACAGAUUUUCCCUGGAGCAGAAGGGUGGCCAUUUCCAAAAUACUUGGGGUCCUGUGGCCGGCUGAUAGUCACUACCAGCACCAGACCUUUGAAGGAAUUCUAUGGCUCGUCUUCUGAUGUGGCAGCAGACCUAGCUCUUCAGCUCCUUGCUAUCAUCAAUUCCAUGAGGAACAAUGACCUGAACUAUUUAUUCUACUUUACCCAUGUCGAUGCUGGCACAUUUGGCGCUUUCAACAAUGGACAUCUGUUUAUUCGGGAUGCCAGCACACUGGGAGUCAUUGACAAGCAGGAAGGCAAGCAGCUGAUGGAUGGACAACAGGAACAUAAGGACAUAUUCAGCUGCCUGGUUACAGACUGCCAGUCUGAGCUUCCCUCCUGUAAUUCCAUCAAGGAUACACGAAGCCUCAUCAUGGUUUGUGAGGAACUUUUGCCUAAACUCUUAAAGGAAAAAUUUCUGCCUCCUGUCCAGGAGAAGAUUGACAGAGCUCUGAGCAGAUGUGCAGACAGCUUUCUAACUGACCAAGAAGUCAUCAGGGCAGCUCAAGCGCUGGAAGAGAUUUUGAAACCUCUGCAGACUUGUGAUCCUCGUUUUGCCUACCGCUAUCCUGAUUGCAAAUACAGAGAUAAACCCUAAAAGGAAAGCUUGCUGCCAUCUACCUACUACUGCUACCUUUGAAGUCAAAAGAAUAGAAUCAUCCAGGAAACACUGAUUUUGCCACCAUUAGACAUUCACUUUGUAAACAUUCCAUGAUAGAACUCAGUGGUCCUGUUGGGGUGGCUCUUCAAAGGUUCACAGCACCUCUAUGAGCUCCUUGUUAUUGACCACCACAUUCUAACUUCUCACAUUUACCUUGCUUUUACAAAUGCCUUCAGCAAGAUCAAUGCAAAUCUUACAAGCUUGUUGUUUAAGAGCAUGCUAAAGAUGAACCAAGCCGUUGUUACAAUGGUGACUUUCUUUCUAGGAAGCUGCUCUCUAUGGCUGCACAGACUUUGCUGACUACUUGUAGGUGAUAGAAUCAAUUGUCCCUUUCAGGACAACAUAGACAUCCCUGUCCUGUUCCCUCUCCAUGGUAGCUCCAUCUUUCCAACUGCAAGCUUUCUACUCCUCAUUCCCUUUCCUUCUGGGCUGAGUCAGGGAAGGCAGGGAGAGUAUAAGUUGCCAGGGGCACACAUGGCCCCACUAGCAAACUGCCUGUGCUUUACCUUCAUCCAUCAUAUGUGCUUGAAAUCUUGCCUUUCUUUAUUCUAUCUUCAUACUCAGAGCCAUUUUUUUUGUUCCUAUGACAAAUGAGCCAGGAUUCUGUGGAGAGACACAGAACAUUGACUGAAGGUGUUGCCCACUCACAGCAGGAGUGGGAAGGAACUUUUGCUGACACCUCUGCUCUUCUAGAAAGAUAGAUGAAGACCACAACCACUGUAAUGGAUUACUAUUGAUUUAAUGUGAGAUGGGAUCAUAACAAGAGGUACUUGCCCAGAUGGGGAAGAUGGAGAUAGGGUGAAGGGCUUGAAAAAUGAGAGUCACUUGGCAAUGGAAGAUGGUGAAUGCAUAAAGGCAUUAUUCAAGAUGAUGGUUUAAUGUGUGAAGGAGUGGUCCAAGUAUAUGGAGCAAUACAGAAGAAGUUAUAGGGUAUGAGGAAGAAAUAAAGGGAGUUGGAAAACAAAUGCAUUAUCUGUCCUUUUAUAAUAUGGGCUGGGAGCUGAGCUUGCUACCCCUCUUUAAAAGGGUCAUCACUGUCUGAUGCUGAAAAGCAUCUGGCAGGAAGUGGUGGACUGUGGCAUGGUGAGGACAGGCUACUGAGGGCCCUUUCCAAGCCCCUGGAGUCCUCAGCCAGCAUCUGAUCUGGCCAACUGCUGAAAGCAAGUCUGACAUCAGGGAUGGGGAACCUGUGAUUCUCUGGAAAUUGUUGGAGUUUGCCUUGAAAGAUAUUUUGAAAAUUCAACUAGUGCAGAAUAUUGUAGUCAGAAUGCUGAGGGGUGCCAGUAAAUUUGGUUCCAUUACAACCGGAUUUAUGCAAACUGCACUGGUUG